GACAAGCAGGACAGCUGGACCCGCUGGCCGGGCCUGGGGGUGAAGUGGGCUGUGGAUGUCCUCGGCGAGAGUGAGCAAAUCAACAACGACCCGACUCGGCGGCCAGUCUAGCGCACCGGAUGACGCAGACGCACGAUGCAAGGCGAGAAAGAAGCGCAGCUCGCAACAGCAGGAAGAUCUCGAGACUGAAUAAUGAAAGGAACGAGCGACAGUGUUAUUGGACAACGAGAAACGACGGGUCCUGUCUGUACUGGUUUCGAAAAACGAAUGAAGGGCAGGCCGUUGGAGGGCUUGCAGAUGGUGCGCUGCAAGGUGAGUUGUCCACGCCCUCAAUCUCUGAGAUGUAUCUGCAGCAUGCCCCACGGCUCCAUUCAAGCGGGGACAGCGGCGCCCAUGCAGCGAUUGAAAGACCGACAAUAGAGACGCGCGAGACGCAUCGGGUGCGAUUGCGUGGCGUUAGCAGGAGUCCGGGGGAGACGUACUCCGUACACCGGCAGCCAAGCGCCGGUUCUGUAUGGUAUGGAGGUAUCAAGGAGACGGAAAAGUGCACGGGCCUUGGCCAGCACCAAGGCGGGCCCGAGUGCCACCGUGGCGCCAAGUUUCGCUCGCCGGAGCCUGCCCAUUUUCCAGGGUUUCAAGCCUCCCAGGCCGGUGCCACGAGUCGCAUCACUAAACCGACCCUUGCCAUUGUUUCCCAGCCAUCGAGUUUCUGCAACGAUGGUCGAGCCCGCACCAUCAGCGCGCCUGGCCUCGAGUAUGCGACCACCCUACGGAGUACCAUGACACGCUGAGCAGCGCUUCGAUUGUACGUACACAGCAUGGCGGAGUCUCUUAUCCAUGAUCGCUCCGCGCAGGUUGCCGCUCGGCCUCGAAAUAAAAAUAAACGGAAAAAAACUGGCGGUGAGCAGCAGUCCGAGCUUUCUUCCCCCGGACUUGGUCCAAGGCCGA